AUGAAGCCAGGAAAUGAUACACAGAUAUCGGAAUUCCUGCUUCUGGGAUUUUCAGAGACACCAGAGCUGCAGCCUCUCAUAUUUGGGCUUUUCCUCUCCAUGUACCUGAUCACUGUGUUGGGGAAUCUACUUAUCAUCCUGGUUGUUGGCUCUGACUCCCACCUCCACACGCCCAUGUACUUCUUCCUUGCCAACCUGUCCUUUGUUGACAUCUGCUUCACCUCCACCACUGUCCCCAAGAUGCUGGUGAAUAUCCAGACACAGAGCAAAGUUAUAACCUAUGAAGACUGCAUCACACAGAUGAACUUUUUCAUAAUCUUUUCAGGGUUGGACAUCUAUCUCCUUGCUGUGAUGGCCUAUGACAGGUUUGUGGCCAUCUGUCAUCCCCUACACUACACAGUCAUCAUGAACCCCCGGCUCUGUGGACUACUGGUUCUAGCAUCCUGGAACACAAGUGUCUUGCAUUCCUUGUUACAAACUUCAAUGGUGUUGCAACUGUCCUUCUGUCCUUCCACAGAAGUGGAAAUUCCCCACUUUUUCUGUGAGCUCAAUCAGAUGAUCCAACUUGCCUGUUCUGACACCUUCCUGAAUAACUUGGUGAUGUAUCUUGCAGUUAGGCUGCUGGCUGGAGGGUCACUUGCUGGGAUCCUUUACUCUUAUUCUAAGAUAGUUUCCUCCAUAUGUAGGAUCUCAUCAGCUCAGGGCAAAUAUAAAGCAUUUUCCACCUGUGCAUCUCACCUUUUAGUUGUCUCCUUAUUUUUUUGUACGAGCCUAGGAGUGUACCUUAGUUCUGCUGCGACCCAGAGCUCCCACUCCAGUGCAGUAGCAUCAGCAAUGUACACAGUGGUCACGCCCAUGCUGAACCCCUUCAUCUACAGCCUGAGGAACAGAGACCUAAAGGUGGCUCUCAAAAGAAUCAUUGGGAUUUUAUUGAUUUGA